AUAUAUAUGCACAAGAGUCGUCUUUUUUAGUGUAUAAUCAUUUCUGUACACGUGUUUCGAUACAAUAUUCAAAUACAUUUUAUAAUAUAUCUAACACAUUAUAUCGGUUUGUGGUAUCAACGACACAUUAUAAUAUAUAUAUAUAUAUAUAUAUAUGUAAUCUAUCGGACGAAAAUCGUAUUUCCGAGCACAGUAUAUAUAACUAUACACAGGAAGAGAAGCAAGACGACUGCGGACUUCGCGACGUACGAUGCAACUCAGACACAUAAUCGGAUUAACAUUGUUGAUCAGUGCGGUACCAUUGCAGAUGUACUUGAUGAAAUACAACCAAGAAUUCAGGGAUUUGGUGUCCGAAAUCGUCAAGACGCUACCGGUGUCUAUGCAAGAGUUGACCAUCGACCUCACCGAAUACGUAGUCGUCAUGAGGAAUUAUCUGAAAAACAUAUAUUACGAAUACUUUGAUAUAAUAAAUCUAACAGAAGAUACACAGUCAACCAAAGAUCAAGAAACAACAAACCAUAAAAUAAAUGAUUUUAGACCACCACAUUUGGAAUACAGGAUUGGAGAUGUGGUAUUGACGAGAAACAUGAUCUUAGGUGUAAUUGUUGGAUGGGCUAUCGAUAAGGAUGACCUUACAAAAGAACCUGAAUACUUCUUGUUAACUCAUCAAGAUUUGAUGACAGAAUCUCAAAACCAUAUGAUUAGAAUCGAAAACAUUGAAGUAACCAAGUUAAAUAAAAUAAAAUACAAGAAACUGUUAAAUACAUUUUUUUCUUUUUAUAGAUCAAUAACGAUAAAAUCAGCAAAUACUUUGAAAGUUAUGAUGGGUUUAGAUACAUACCAAAUGAGACUAUGAAAAAACUUUACCCAAAAGAUUGAUUCAGAAAUUAUCAACUGUCCCAAUACUUAAUAAUGUUAAUAACUGGGAAAGAAUAACAUGAUACAGGAGAAUAGUAAUGGAAAAAAUUAAUAAUAACAUAUUUUAAUUGCAUUGCUUCUUUUAAUUAAAAUGUCUAAAAAUGUUCAUAUAUA